GGGGCCGCCAUCGGCGGAGCCAGUGCGCAGGCGCGACCGCUCGGGGCCCCGGAUGGACGAGCUAAGGUUCGGGCCCCGCCUGGGAGGUUGAGAGCAGCGGGUGCUGGGGACCCGGCGCCAGCUUGGGAGCCUAGAAGUUCCAGGGGGAGGGAAGUUGUCAAGCGGAGGCCGAGGGAAAUGAGGCGGAGGCCGCGAGAAGCGAGGAGCCCCGCCCCUCCGCCAUAGCGGCCUCCCAGUGCCGCCUCUUCCUUUACAGCCUGCAGCCCGCCCCUGCCUUCCGGCUCUAGGCCGGACCGGGCCCCACCGGUUCCCUCGGGAGUUAACCGCUGAGCCGUGUCCCCUUUGUGGAGAGGAGAUACCCAAUCCCUGGUUGGGACUAUGUCCGAAAAGGAGAACGCUAGAACGGGCUUCGGACCCGGCUGGGCUUGGAAAAGAUGGCCUCUGCCUCGCGGCAGCUAGCAAAACCUCUGGUCCUGAGGACCCUGGGUCAGAGCGACCUCCCUACCCCAUAGAGGAUGUUAAUCUUACCCAGAGAAACUAGGGCUCCAAUUCCACAGGUUUUCCUAUCGGCCCAGAUUGGGCCCUCCCUGCCUUGAGUACAAACAGCAAGAGCUUGCGCUGUCAGACAAGUACUGGGCUUGGAGACCCGGCUUGUAAUCCAGUUUCUGGAAGACUGCAACCCUUUUGGCAGGAGUGAGGGCUGGUAGACUAUGAGGUUUCAGAAAAAAAAGGAAAAGAAAAGACGUUCUCUUUAAGUAUUGCUUUGGCUGUGCCCCCUGACCCCAGCGAGCCUCAGUUUCCACAUCCAUAAAAUGGCGAUUGUAAUUACACAGGCCUCAUGGGGUGUAAUGAGAUCUCUGGUGGAAAAACUCUGGAGAUAUUAUUACCCUGGGUAUAUUUAUCUCACAGGAAAAUAGGGUAAAACUGGUUGCUCUCUAAGUGCCCUGCCAGUUCAGAAUCUGUGAUUUCGUUAGAGGGGUUGUUGGGAAGUGAGGCCCUCAAUGAGCAGAGAGGGAGCACACUGGUUUUAUUUUCACUCGGUUUACCUGUAAGUUAAGGGUAGGCUACACGUCUUCUGUUGUCGCUGGGUCUAGAGCUUGACUCUAGAGAGAGGAAAGGAAGAAUGGAAGCCUGGUGAAGAGGCAGAGAAGCCUGAAGGAGCUCAGUCCUGGAAGCAGCCCCUCUGAAUUCCUGGUGGUGAGAGGAUGUGGCCCCUGGACCCAUCCCUGAAAGAGGUGCUGGGGUUUGCCGUCGGCUGCCGUGUCCUGACUCUGGUGUUGCAGGCUUUCUUCAAUGCCAUCAUCCCAGACCACCAUGCAGAAGCUUUCUCGCCUCCUCGCUUUGGCCCCUCCAGCUCUGUGGACCAAUUUGUAGAAGGUCUCCUGGGUGGUCUCUCUCACUGGGAUGCUGAACACUUCCUGUUCAUUGCUGAGCAUGGCUACCUGUAUGAGCACAACUUUGCCUUCUUCCCUGGUUUCCCCCUGGUCCUGUUGGUGGGGACUGAGUUGCUGAGACCCCUGUGGGGGUUACUGAGCCUACGGAGUUGCCUACUAAUCUCAGUAGCAUUGCUCAAUUCCUUGUUCUCUGUGCUGGCUGCACUCGCACUUCAUGACCUGGGCUGUCUGGUUCUGCACUGUCCCCGCCAGGCCUUUUACGGAGCACUGCUCUUCUGCCUCAGUCCCGCCAAUGUCUUCCUGACAACUGGUUACUCAGAAGCUUUGUUUGCCCUCCUGACAUUCAGUGCCAUGGCGCAGCUGGAAAGGGGCCGAAGCUGGACUAGUGGACUUCUCUUUGCCCUUGCCACUGGUGUACGCGCCAAUGGGCUGGUCAACGUCGGCUUCCUCGUGCAUUCUCAGUGCCGAGGCUUUUUCUCUUCUCUCACGAUGCGGAAUCCUCUGAGGCAGCUCUUGAAGCUGAUGGGCUCGGUGUUUUUGUCAGUCCUCUCACUUGGCCUUCCCUUUGGCCUCUUCCAGUACUAUGCCUAUACCCAGUUCUGUGUUCAAGGCUCAGCCCACCCCAUCCCUAAGCCCUUGCUGCAGUUAGCUUUGGACAAGGGCUACCGAAUCGCUGAGGGAAAUGAGCCACCUUGGUGCUCCUGGAAACUUCCCCUAGUAUACAGUUACGUCCAGGACAUCUACUGGAAUGUUGGCUUUUUGAGAUACUAUGAACUCAAGCAGGUGCCAAAUUUUCUCCUGGCUGCACCAAUGGCUGUACUGGUUGCCUGGGCAACUUGGACCUACGUGACCACCCACCCGUGGCUCUGCCUUACGCUUGGGAUGCAAAGGAACAAGAACAAUAAGAGCCUAGAGAAGCCUGACCCUGGAUUCCUCAGUCCUCAGGUGUUUGUAUACCUGGUCCACGCUGCAGUGCUGCUGCUGUUUGGCAGUCUGUGCAUGCAUGUCCAGGUUCUCACCAGGUUUUUGUGCUCCUCGACUCCCAUUGUAUACUGGUUUUCAGCUCACUUGCUUCACGAUCGAGAACCACUGCUGAGAUCCCUAAAGACUGUGCCUUGGAAGCCUCUUGCAGAAAACUUUCCACCAGGACAAAAGGUCCCCAGAAACUCUAUCGUGGGACUCUUGUACAACUGGAAAGCUUGUUCUCUGGUCACACGAUGCAUUCUAGGCUACUUCCUGACUUACUGGAUCCUGGGACUACUCCUACAUUGCAACUUCCUGCCUUGGACAUGACCUGGAGACUGAGGGGACAGGCUUGAAGCAGACUUAACCAGGAUCUGAAAGUACACAUACACUCUGGGGCUGCCUGUGCUGCCCUGGAAUCUUAACUCUAUCCAUUAGACCCUCUCUCUCUCUUUGAAGGUUGGUUGGGAACGGGAGAAGUGUGAGCCUCUAGAGAGCCUCUUCUGGGCCUGGCCAUGGCAGAUUUUAGAGUAGAAACUGUUUUCUCUGUAAAUGAAGAAAUCUUACUGCAAGUCUAAAGUACACCUAGAUCUAUCUUGUCUAUCAACCAUGGCAGAGAUUGUCUUAAACUUACCACCACCCACAUAUCAAUUUAAAUGUAAAUUUCAUCAAAGGCUCUAACUGCUAAGUUGGGAAUAGUUCACAUGUGUUGGUGGAGGGCAGUGGAGGGGCACUACUAAGUAAAAUGGGACCAUCUUUUCUAAAUGGGACAUUGUUUCUUUUUUUCUUUUCUCAGGCACAUCUUCCGCCUAUGGAAGUUCCCAGGCUAGGGGUCAAAUUGGAGCUGCAGCUGAGGCCUACACCACAGCCAUGGCAACACCAGAUCAGAGCCACAUCUAUGACUUAUGCUGUGGCAUGGAGACAGUGUUGGGUCCUUAACCCACUGAGCCACAAUGGGAACUUCUUGGGACAUUGUUUCUGAUGAUUUUUGCCAUGAUUUGUUCACUUAUUUAUAUGAGAAAUCUUACAAAGAUAUGCAAAUUAAACAACUUUCAGUUAUA